AAUUCGAGGGGAAAGGAAUAAUUACACAUUGAUUUCUUACGUAAUUUUCAAAUUUGAUUAUAUUAAACUUGAUUUAUGGAAAGGGUUAAAAGCUAAAAUUAAUGUGAAUACAUCAUAUGGUAUUAUGGUGUGCUACAUAUAAUUUUUUUUUAUAAAAGUUCUGGUUAUCUAACGUGGUCCCAUAAUUAUCAUGGAAGUUGGAUUUCCCGUAGUAAUAUUUUAAAUUAUUGAAAGUGUGUUUAUCAAUAAAAAGGUUAAAAGUGGCUAAUCGUUUUUAUUGAAUUUUUCCUAAGUAGGUUUCUAGGAAUAUGUGCAAACUGAGUUGGUGAUUUUUUUUUAAUUUUCAUCCAACUCAAUAAUGUAUAUUUAUGUAGGUUAAAUCUUGAUUGUAGUAAAGAUUGUGAAUCUCAGUCAAACUAUAGUACUACACAAAAUGAACUCAAAUAAUGUUUUAUUCACCUCGCUUUGAAUCUUGAUUUUUUGCAAUUUAAAAUAAGAUACUCCAUUGAUGUCCAAAAUCAAUUUUGGAAAUAGAUACUAGUAAAAAUAUGCCACAUGUGUUGAGUUUAUUUGUUUUUGGAAAUAGGAGUACGAUUUAUUGUAUAGUUGUAAAAACUAAUUGAUUUAUACCUAUAUUUAUUUAGGUGUAUGAUAUUUAUGAAGUUUUCGCAUAAAAUAUUAUACUAUGCACAGAGGCGUAGACGAGCGCCAUAAAUGAGGUUCAACUAUCAAAAUAUUUAAUGAUUUAAUAAGUUUUAUAUGUUCAAUGUAAUUAAUCUAUAGGAGUAUUAAUAUAUUCACACGUUUAUAAUGAAAUAUUUUUAUGGUAUCUUUUUUCAAAGAUUUCAAUGGAUUUUCCCUCCACUUGUUCAUUGUCGCAGCUUAAUAUUUUUGAUUUAUUUUUGUUUAAUGUUAAUAGGGUGGCUGCUGCCUAAUUGUCAUAACUCUUUUAGGUAAAUCCACUAUUAACUACCAAGAAAACUUGGUAAUUAAUUAUAGUUUUAUUAACCAAUACCGUAAGCGAAGAAUUAUUUGGCGGUCAAAUUUGGUUGGUAUAAAAAGAGAUGGGAGUUUUCUUUGGGAAAAUGCGAAUGUAAAAAAUUGAAAAUUAAUUAUGCAGUAGCUUUUAUAAACUGCAUAACUAAAUAACUAUCUAGAUAAUUAAUUAAAUAAUAAUAUUCAUGGGCUCCCACACAAAUACACAAUAUCAAAAAAAUAAAUACUAAUGUACAAUUUUUAGCGAUGAUUAACAAUAUUGCCUACUUUGAACUCACGAAGGCGGCCUAAAAUUUCAUGCUUGACGCUUUUGAUACAAAGUGGCUAAUUUGGUGUUUAAUUGAUUUUUUUUUUAAUUUCCGAAAGUUUUAGUAAAAUACUACAAACCAUAAUUAGUGAAAUAUACGAUUUUAAUAUAAAAUUGAUAAAAUGUAAGAUAGAUAUAAAAAAAUAUCGAAUUAUUAUUAUGGUAUAUAGCUAAAAAAACAAUAAAGUUGGAUCAAAUUUUGAUUUGUUUCAGAACUUUAAAAAUUUGAAGAAAAUCGUAAAGUUUGAAUUUGUUCUCAAUUAUCUACGAUAAAGCAUUCACAUUCUACCACCAAACGAUGUAGUUUUUUAUGAAUGAACAACAUUGUCUAAUUCAUCGGUCGUAAUGUGUAGGUAUGAUUUUUUGGUUUCCAAAUGACAUACAAUUACACUAGAAAAACCAUCUUAAGAUAAUUGAUAACAAAUUAAAACUUUAUAAUUUGAUUUUUAUAGUUAUGGGACAGGACAAAUCACAGUUUCAUCAAAUUUUAUAGUAAUUUUUUUUCUGCUAAAAAAUUGUCCUAUUAUUAAUGAGAAAUGAGAUAAAAGAAAAAACCUAUCACAAAUAAAUAGAGACUAAGUUUGAUAAAAAAUUAAUUAUAUUACUACUACUGGAGUAGUAUUUUUCGUGUAAGCUAACCAUAAGAAAUGGGCUUCUUUCGACUUUUUUUUAGCGACCCAAAAAUAAUUUACAACAUCAUUUAAUUCCCUAUAUUUUUUUUCUGAAAAUAUCAUCAAAUCAAGCUCCUCUACUAAGCUAAAUGCCGCUAACAGAGUUGUUUGAGAGAAGAGAAUGAUUUACCGCGAAAAUGAGGCGUCGAUUGGUGCGAAAUUGUGUCAAUUGCUCAUGGCGGCGAAGAGUAGAGUUCUUGGUGAUCACGGUGAUAUACCAAGACACCGGCCACAUGGAUCGAUCCAUCGCCCUCCACUCGCUCGCUGCUCUGCUGCUUCUAGUGCUGUCCCCGAUGGCCGAGUGCCAGUGGCUUCACCACCAUCCACUGCCACCCUCUCAUCGACCUCCACUCUGUGCUGAACAGUUUGCAUUAGCAAACCGCGCGUGUUCAGGGCUGCCCUACACACCACUCCCUCCACCAGCCCCUCCUGCCCCACCAACACCCAUCCCCACGGAGGGAGAUCACCCCCUCCACCGCCAUGGCGGGCACCACCACCACGGGGGGCACCACCACGGCCACAGGCACCACAUGCACAAAGAAACAAGCGCGGAAGCGGAUUGCUGUAGGUGGUUGAAACAAGUCGACAACAUCUGCAUUUGUAGCCUGUUGGUUCACUUGCCACCGUUCCUCGCCCGGCCCGCACAUAAUUACACGGUAUACGUGGACGAGUCUUGCGAGAUAACGUUCAGCUGCCCGUCGAGUGGAAUGUCCUUAUGACGUGACAGUGCAGUGAGAGGUCCU